GAGGGGCGUGUCAGGAAGUCGGGGAGCGGAGCUGUGGCGGCGGAGGGGGCCGGGGGGCAGGAGUGGCUCCGCGGGAUCCUAAGGACCGGCGGUCUGGGGGCGGUGGCGGCGGCGGGCCCCGACCUGAGCUUGAGGACACGACGGCGGCGCCCAACUUCGGGUGCCUUGGGCCGGGCGAUGGAGGAGGAAGAAGGAUCAACACCAGAAUUACGUGAGAGAAAAAAGUCAAGCUGUCUUGAAAAUGAGCAAACAUCUCUACAAACUCUGCCAGAGAAAACCAGAGAUAUUCCAACUAUGAGGAGGUCUCCCAAAUAUGUAUUAUUUCAGCGUUUUGCAAAGCUUUUCUUGGGCUGUCUUGCAGCAGUUACUAGUGGUAUGAUGUAUGCAUUAUAUUUGUCAACAUACCACGAACGGAGAUUCUGGUUUUCCAGCAGACAGGAGCUUGAACGGGAAAUCACAUUUCAGGGUGACAGUGCCAUUUAUUACUCCUUUUAUAAAGAAAUGUUAAAGGCUCCUUCAUUUGAAAGAGGUGUUUAUGAGCUUACACACAACAACAAAACUGUAUCACUGAAGACUAUAAAUGCAGUGCAACAAAUGACUUUGUAUCCAGAACUGAUUGCCAGCGUACUAUAUCAAGCAACUGGUAGUGAAGAGGUUAUCGAGCCAGUAUAUUUCUACAUUGGUAUAGUUUUUGGAUUGCAGGGAAUUUAUGUGACUGCAUUGUUUGUUACAAGCUGGGUUAUGAGUGGAACUUGGCUAGCAGGAAUGCUUACUGUUGCAUGGUUCAUUAUUAAUAGGGUAGAUACAACAAGAAUUGAGUAUUCUAUUCCUUUAAGAGAAAACUGGGCACUACCAUAUUUUGCAUGUCAAGUUGCUGCUCUUACAGGCUAUUUGAAGAACAACAUAAAUACUUCUGUAGAGAGAUUUUGCUACUUGUUGGUGAGUGCGUCAACAUAUACUUUCAUGAUGAUGUGGGAAUACAGCCACUAUCUCCUUUUUCUUCAAGCAAUCUCCUUAUUCCUCCUAGACUCCUUUUCCCUCAUGCAAGCAGAUAAGGUUCAUGAAGUGUACAAAAUCUAUUUGUUAUCCCUUUUCCUGGGAUAUUUACUACAGUUUGAAAAUCCAGCUUUAUUGGUAUCUCCUUUAUUAAGCUUGGUAGCUUCCUUAAUGCUUGCUAAAUGCCUCCAGCUGAAUGUGAAAAAAGGAACUCGUAUAGCCAGAAUGAUGAAAGUGAUGUAUUUUUAUUUGAUUUUUACACUAACAGUGAUGCUGAAUGUCAUAAUGAAGACAUUUGUCCCACACAAAGAAAAUGGGCACAUGUUAAAAUUCCUUGAGGCAAAAUUUGGACUAAAUAUGACUAAGAAUUUUACAAUGAAUUGGCUCCUUUGUCAAGAAUCCCUGCAGGCUCCAUCUCAGGAUUUUUUUUUGCGAUUGACACAGUCAUCUUUAUUGCCUUUCUAUAUUUUAGUUUUAAUUAUUUGCCUUUUUUCUGUGAUACAAGUUAUUUUUAGGAGAAUCAAUGGCAAACCCCUAAAAGAAAUAGUUACUCUUGAAGAUGGUCGAAUUGGAGAAAGACCAGAAAUAGUUUAUCAUGUAAUUCACACUAUUUUACUGGGUUCUCUUGCAAUGGUGUUAGAAGGAAUGAAAUACCUCUGGACUCCUUAUGUGUGCAUGCUUGCAGCAUUUGGUGUAUGUUCUCCUGAACUUUGGAUGACCCUUUUCAAGUGGCUUCGAUUGAGGGCUGUACACCCAAUAUUUUUGGCUCUUAUUCUGAGCAUGGCUGUACCUACUAUCAUAGGUUUUAGUUUAUGGAAAGAGUUUUUUCCAAGAAUAAUGACAGAACUUUCAGAAUUACAGGAAUUCUACGACCCAGAUACAGUGGAACUUAUGACCUGGAUAAAAAGGCAGGCUCCAGUUGCAGCUGUGUUUGCAGGGAGUCCACAAUUGAUGGGUGUGAUUAAGUUAUGCACUGGAUGGAUGGUGACCAAUUUGCCUCUUUACAAUGAUGAAGACCUUUUGAAGAGAAAUGAAAACAUCUAUCAAAUCUACUCAAAGCGGUCUGCUGAAGAUAUUUAUAAGAUACUUACAUCCUACAAAGCUAACUACUUGAUUGUAGAAGAUGCUAUCUGCAAUGAGGUGGGAACCAUGAGAGGCUGUAGGGUUAAAGACUUGUUGGAUAUUGCAAAUGGCCAUGUGGUUUGUGAAGAAGGUGACAGUUUUACCUACUCAAAAUAUGGACGAUUUUGCCAUGAGAUCAAAAUUAACUAUUCUCCAUAUGUGAAUUAUUUCACUAGAGUAUACUGGAAUAGGUCCUACUUUGUAUAUAAAAUCAACACUGUGAUAUCCUUCCAGUCCUGAAGAACAGUAGAGCCUUCUUAAGACUGAUAUAACAUGAAGAGGAAUGGGAUGCUAUCUUCCUACUUAUGUUUUCUUUUGCAAAUCAAAGUUUGGACAUUUGAAAUGGUUAUUUUCUUUUCCCUUUGCUUGUUACCAGACCUAGAGUUUUAUAGGCAAUAUGACAUCAAAACUUAUGAUGUUGAUAAUGUAUCAAAUCUUCCAGUUUUUACUUUACCAGUAAUAUCUCUUUCUUUUGCAUUGGUCUUUCCAUAUUUUACCUCAUAAAAUACUAUCUUCCCUAUGGAUGUUUAUCUAAAUAAAGUAUAUUAGAACCCCAUUAUCACAUGGAUUUGAAUAUACUGGAGGUCAAAACAUAAGUACAUGCAGUGAAACCUUGAUCUGGCAUAGUUGGUCUAUAAGGGAAUUAUUCUUGUACUGUAUACUAUGGUAUAUGACUUUACCAAUCCGUAUAAUAAAAAGUUACAGAAAACGGCAACGUAAAGAUAAAUAGUGUAGUUCUAAAUGGGCAUUAUACAAAGGGAAGUAGUUUUUUAAAAUGACAUGAAGCUUUGUUUUUUCUAGUGUCCAAAAUCAAAAUAUUUAUGAUAUUCAUACAAAUAGUUUGUUUUUUUCUUAAAUAUUGCCUAUGAGUACAUUACUUUCUUAAUAUAUCCACACAUAACACAACAUUUUAAUUCUGUAUUAUUAAUAUUAAGUAGUUAACUUUUUAUCACAGUAAAGUGAUCAUACAUUUGAUACCAGUGUGAUCAUGAUAAAACUAAUUAUUGGUGCCUACAUUUUUAAUAAGCAUUUCAAAGGCCAUUACCAUAUAUUUAAAAUAUAAAUAUUAUAAAUAAAAUCUGCUUAGAUGUUUCUUGUCAGAAUUUUUAAUGCAACUUAAUCUGUUGCCAGCUACUAUAGUGGUACAAAUAACUUUGUCUUAACUUCUUGUCUCCAUUAAAGAAAAUUGAAGUUCCUAAAUUUAACCUGGCCUAAAAUGAGACUUCAUAUGCAUUAGAAAGACUUAAAAUUACUCACAAUCUCUGCUCUUAGCUACAUCUAUGCAUACAUGGUUACUUAUAUUAAAAAAAAACUGCAAAUAAAUUUUUUGUCAUUUAACAAGUUCUCCUACAAACAUCAAUACUGAAAUCUAGUAAUUAUAAUCAGCUUUAUAGAUUUGUAAUUUUUAGAAUUUACAGGUCUUCUUGUAGUCUCUUUAAAUUUUUGUUUUAUUUGCUUACAGCAUUUGCUAAAAUGUCAAAAUGUUUUAUGAACAAUGGCAAUCUGUAGAUAUAUUAUGUUUGGGAUGUAGAGAUAAUGCUUAGUUUUUUCCUCAUAUUCUUGCCAAGAAUUUUUUCAGAGUGUUUAGUUAUUAGAAUAGUGCUAAAAUUAUAUCACUACCAUUAAAUACAUUAGAAGGAAAAGUCAUUCUGUCUUCAUUAUGCAUGAAUGUUUUUUUGAAAAAUCAUGUAUUCUUUUCCUGGCUAUCAAAUGCUGAGUGCAUUCUCUAUUGAUGGAGUUGUCAUGAACAUACUUUCAGUUUCAUUAGUCUUCAUUUUCACAUAUAUAAUUAUAAUUAUAGUAAAGCAUCUUCAGGUGGUAUAGUUCAGUUUAACUAUUUGUACUUCUUUGGUAGUGAGUUGCUAGUCUUACUUUAUACCUUAUGACACUAUUGAACUUGUUAACUGGACAAAUAUCUAUCAUGCUUCACUGCACAAGAGUGUCAGAUUACGUAGUAAAAUUUCUAUAAUAGUAUAUGAGUUGAGGAUGUCAAAAAUACUGUCUUUAAGAGCAAUCUAUGUCUCUGUGUUAGGGGGAGAAUAAAAACAAUACUGGGAAAUUGGCCUCCCAGUGCAGCAUCAAAAAAUUAGUUAGCUUUCAUUGAUCUGUUCAUUGGUUAUCAUUGAUCUUAAUCAUUGUCUCAUGUUGCACUGAAUGGGUUGGAGGUCUUUUUAAAAACUAUAAUAAAAAUUUUCUUCUACUUCCACUAAUUGCUUUCUUAGACAGAUUCUUUGAUAGAUUUGAAGAAAUUUCUAGUUGAAUUUAAGAAAAUACAUUCAUGCAGCAACUGUUACAAAGGAAAACCUGAGCUCUUUAAUAGAAAAGAUUAUGUUGGACAUUAAAUGACAGUUCAAUUUUAGUACAUACUAAAGCCACAUCAAAAUCUAAGAAACUGGAUAGAAGUAGCAAAGCUAUGUGCUGAUUUCUGCCUAUGAAAUAAUAUCCUCACUUGUGUCUUUGCAAUGGUAAUAUGACCUUUCCUUUAUAUGUCCCUAGCAAUACAUAAUAAGCAAUGUUCAUAGUUUUGAAAGUGAGAAGUAUUUAUGAAAGAAAUCCAAAUAUACUUUACUUUUGAUACUUUAAACUUGUUAAAAAUAAGUGCCUUGAUUACCGUUUUCAGUUUCUCCAAAAGUUGUUAAUCUAUUUUUGUCCACUUUCUCCAGGCAAAAUUAUAGUAAUAUUUCGUUAGUAAGCUGAUUUUCUAGGCAGUGUCCUAUUUGUGUUUGUUAUUAGCAUUUAUGGUUGGGUAAAAAAAGGUGCUAAUACUUUUAAGGCACCUAUGCUAAUUAAAAUAUUUUGGUUAUUUGGUUAUGUUCCAGAACUGCAGGGUAUAAAAUAAAAAACUAACUUGCACAUUUAAGAAAGCCUAUUGCAUCAAAUAUUUGUUAAUCAACUCUUAGCAAUUCUUAUUCCUGAUGUUUUUGUUAGGCUUACUUUGUUUCAGACUUCCAUCUGUGUUGUACAUCUGCAAUACAUGAUUCGAAUUGUGUCAGUCUCAGCUGAGAUCCUUUUUAAGGAUGACUGUCCAAACCACUAAUAAUUAUAUAACAGUAUGCCAAUUUUUAUAGUUUCAAAAAUAAGAAAAAAUGCUGAACUGGAACACAAAAGGUGAUAGUCGAGUCAGAAAAAGCUUUUGCACAUAGUUAUAUCCUUAAUCUUAAAUCAAUAUAGGCUCAAGCUUCUUUGGAUUCCCAUUUAAAACCAAACUGAAGCCUUAUGAGAAUUAUUAACUUACAAUCAUAUUUACUUUUGAUGAUUUCAUGGAAAUUUUAGUCCUUUUUGCCUUGGAACUUUUAAGUAUUCCUUUUAUAUGACAACUUAUGUGCUUCACUUUACACAGAGGGCAUGUGCUUGGAAUUGUAUAUACAUUGAUUUUUUUUUUCAAAUAAAAAUAUUUUAAGUGCACUGAGGAGUCUUGCUAUUGAAAGGAUCCUUGCUUUUCAUCCUGUAAUUCCAAGAACCUUCUAUAAAGGAAAUUAGGACUCUCUAAUUUAUCCUUUGUGUCAGUCUCAGCUUUUUCAUGUAGAAUUUACUUAAAGUAAAUUAUACCUGCAGCAAAUUAUUAUUAGUACAAUUCCUUGAAUGCAGUAGAAAAUAUGAAUGAUAAUCUAAAUGAAUAGCCCAAAUAUUACUAGUAUUAAUUUGAUUCCUUUACCUUGGUGAUUCUCAAAUGAUAACUUGUGUCCUUGACAUGCAUUUCUUCACCAUUCUUUUGGUUUUUAAGUACAAAGGUUUUUGAUAUUGUUUUAGAGAGCUAGAAUAUAUAUGUGUCUCCUUAGUUUUAGAUUCCAACAUCCAUGGGUGUCAACUGUAGGAAAUUUAAAGUGAAACUGAUGUAAGUAUGGAUAAUAUAUCUUUAGAGUAAUACCUCAUUAUCAGACUAUUUUGUUCAACUAAAAAUUGAAUUUAAUCUAGAAGUUCCAAAGGGAUGCUUUUCUCAACUCUUUCAAUGGCCAUUAAGGAUUAUUUAAGAAAUGUUUUUUGUGUGUCAUAAUUUAAAAGCCUAAAAGAUUUUGUGGGACCAAAUAUACUGACAUGACAUAGAGAUACUUUGUAAGCCAAUUAUCAUCAACAAUCUCCUGGUGAUGAAGCUUAGAUUAUGGUGUAUGUAAACCUCUGUGUAGCUCUUUCACAGGUAUACAUGCUUCUGACACUUAGCAAUGUCAAAAUGGUAUUCAUGGAAUGGAGGCAGCCCGCAUUGCUUCCUGCUUGAAUUAAUUUGCUAAUAUAUUACUUUCAGUUUUUUCAGCUGUCAUUUUCCCAUUUUCUUUUGGGAUUUGUACAGAUAUUUAGGUGUGAGAAGGCUCCUCAAAUUUAUGCUAACUCUUGGAUCAGAAUACUUGACAGGAAUGUUUACUUUUUAGUUAAUGUUUUCCUCCUCUAUUAAGAGGCAACAUUUUCAUCAGAAUUAAAACUAGUGAACAUAUGUCUUUUAAUAGAUUUGGGACAAAAGUGUUUUACCUCAUAUUUUGUAACCUUAUAAAACUAAUUCAACAGAAAGGGACUUCUUUACUUCAUGAUAAAUUAACCUACUUGUUUUCUGUUAAUCCUAAUAAAGUUGAUUUUGGACUUUU